AUGGCCUCCCAUCCGGUCGACAAAUACGCCCCUAAGCUGGUCGAGAAAGCCGACAAGCUACAAUCUCGGCUGACUAUGAACGAUGAACACUCAAAGCCCGCUGGAGGAUACGAUGCGACUCCGAUACCACAUGCGCCACCGGGCUAUACCGUCAAGUUUACCUUUCACCGUGGUGUUGAUCUCCCCGUCGCAGAUUUCGGCAGUUUCUCCUCCGACCCCUAUGUCGAUGCACAACUGCAGGUGGAUUUGCCCCGGCGUCAUAAGCAGGAUCCCAUGACGAGUUUUCGAACACCAACCGUACGUAAAAAUAUGAAUCCCAUAUGGAACAGCGAAUGGAUCGUCGCAAAUGUGCCGGCAUCGGGGUUUUUACUCAAGGCCCACCUGAUGGACGAAGAUCCGGCGGAUCAUGAUGACAAACUGGGAAUUGCAUUCAUUGAGGUGCCCGCUUUGGAAGGUUGGAAAGGAUUCAAAGAGCAAUCAUUCAAGGUCAAAAAGCGUUUCGGCAGCAAACGAGUCUAUGUCUUUACCAAUGUCUCCGCCUUUGCCACCCGUCAUCACAAGGAGUCUUUCUUGAUCAUGAGUAUCGAGUGUUUAGGCCGAACACCAGGGACGGAAGGUGGUCAAAUGUAUACCCUUGGCCCGAAUUAUUGGUUCAAGCACUUUUCGCCUCUCAUUGGAAGACUUACAGGGACAAAGGAUCACGUCAAGGCUCUUGAUGGGAAUGGCAAGCCUAUCAGUCGUUACAACUUCCAAGCCAUUCAGAUGCAACUUCGCGGUCCUGUCCCGGCGGAUUUGUAUCAUCGCUAUGUUGAAUUCAGGCCAUUUGUGGCAGGCAUGUUUCAAGCGCGAAGUCUCCGGGGCCGAAUCCUACACAAGGCUCUCCAUCAUCAACAUCAGCGCAUCUACAAUUUCGAUCGUAGUACUCUGGAUGGCGCAUUUCCCGAACCUUGUUCCGAGUUCGCGCAGAAGUUCCUGGAAUUCACUAGCUGGGGUCAGAGUGGGCGGAUCUUCACCUACGUGAUCACGUUGGACGGGAAAUUUCGAUUCACCGAGACUGGCAAGGAGUUUGGAAUCGACCUACUAAGCAAGCAUACGAUGCAUAGUGAUGUUUCGAUAUACAUUGCUUACUCGGGAGAAUUCUUCGUGCGCCGGAUCAUUCACCGUCAUCGCCGCCAAUCCCCGCCGUCCCACACGGAGACUACCGGCGGUGACUUCCCCGUGGAAGAGGAUGAGGAGAACGAGAUGCCUGAAGAGUUGCGGGAGACAUCAACAGAACCAUCGGACUACGAACUCUUCAUCGAUAAUGACAGCGGAACGUAUCGACCUAAUUCCGAAAAACUCCCGCUUCUGAGGGAGUUUAUCAUGUCCAACUUUCCGGGUUUGAACGUUUCCACUCUGGAUUGUCAAGCGGAUGCCGAGCGAAUGAACCAGAUGAAGAAUGAGCAACGGGAAGUCAAAAAAUCCCAGGGUCAACUCGUCACCUAUCUCCAGCAGAGUAGUGUUUCCGACCUCUCUAUCUCCAGUUCCGAUGAGGAUGAGCUCAAUGAACGCAGCGGUCAGGCCCCUCGGCGAGGGAACAUUUCUCGAAGGGUGCAUGAGAUGCGCGAUAUGAAAGGCCAAAUGAUGAAGUGGGUUGAGGCUGAUGGGCAUGCCGCUCGUCCUAAGCACCGUUACUCCAGUCGCGAGCGAGCUGCAUCUACGAGUGAGAUGCACUCCGGCACCCGCACUUCCAAGAUCAAUGCGGUUGCCUAA